CCACCCUUGGCGAUAUCUCAACUUCCCCAGUCCAAUUUGGGAAGCAAAAUAUACUUUGAUCAUUUGCAUUCUCUCCCUUUCUUCUUCAAAGAUUUCUUGAUUUCUUUCGAUCUUCUUCAUCCCUGCGAUUGAAUCGUGUAUUUUUCUAGGCCGAUCCUGAGUUCUUUGUAAACCUGCAGCUUGCUUAUAGCUAGCCAUGGCUUCAAAUUCGUUGCUAUCUUCUUCUUCUUGUUCUUGGUCAUCAAUUCUAUUUGCCGCCCUGAUAGCGGUAGUUCUGGUCGUAUUUGUUUCCCCAGCCCAUUCGACAUCUAGGCCAGCUCUUGAUCGACGGAUGAUCCAAGCCGGAUUCAAAGUUCCUCUCAAACACGUCGAUUCCGGCGGAAACUUCACCAAGUUUGAGCUCCUGCAACGUGCCAUGAAGCGCGGCAAGCACAGGCUGGAUAGGUUCAGUGCAAUGGUUCUGGCAGCUGGAGAUAGUUCGGAAAUUAAAUCACAAGUUUAUCCCGGCAACGGCGAAUUCCUCAUGAAGUUGUCGAUCGGAACCCCGCCAGCGUCGUACUCGGCGAUCCUAGACACCGGCAGCGAUCUGAUAUGGACUCAAUGCAAGCCUUGCCAGCAGUGCUUCGAUCAGCCGACGCCAGUUUUCGAUCCCAAGCGAUCCUCCUCUUUCUCCCAGGUGUCGUGCUCCGCCGCACUUUGCCAGGCGCUGCCGCUGCCGAGCUGCGCCGCCGAGGGUUGCGAGUAUCUGUACACCUACGGAGAUUACUCCUCAACGCAAGGGGUUCUGGCCACGGAAACCUUCACGUUCGACGACAAGGUUUCGGUUCCGAAUGUUGCGUUCGGAUGCGGCGAAGACAACGAAGGAAGUGGAUUCAACCAAGGCGCCGGACUGGUGGGAUUAGGACGAGGACCAUUGUCACUGGUUUCCCAGCUCGGCGAGCCCAAGUUCUCGUACUGCCUGACCUCCAUUGACGGCACCAAAUCCAGCUCCCUUUUGAUGGGAUCACUGGCAACCGCCGGCGUAGGUUCCGGCGGCACAAUCGAGACCACCCCUUUGAUCCAAAACCCAUCACAACCAUCUUUUUACUAUCUUUCUCUUGAAGGAAUCACAGUUGGUGACACUUUAUUACCCAUCGAGAAAUCCACUUUUGCACUCAAGGAAGAUGGAAGUGGCGGCCUCAUCAUAGACUCCGGCACCACCAUCACCUAUUUGGAAGACAGUGCCUUCCAGCUGGUGAAGAAAGAGUUUAUUUCUCAAGUAAAGCUGCCAGUGGACGAUACCGGCGCCGCCGGGCUGGACCUCUGCUUCACCCUGCCGUCGGGAGCCACGACGGUGGAGAUUCCGCAGCUGGUAUUCCAUUUUGACGGCGCCGAUCUGGAGUUGCCUGGGGAAAACUACAUGAUUGCGGAUUCGACAAUGGGGUUGAUGUGCUUGGCUAUGGGAAGCUCGAGUGGCAUGUCCAUAUUUGGCAAUGUUCAACAGCAGAAUAUGUUGGUGGUGUAUGAUCUAACGAAGAAAACCCUUUCCUUUGUACCCACGCAAUGCGACCAGUUGUGAUGAGCUAGCUUUCCUCUAGUUUGUUCAUCAUCUUUAUCUGCUUCUGUAUCACUUGCCAUGGUUCCAAUAUUUGAACUUAAAUUGUUACACUUUGAACCAAUAAACUCAAUGUUUUUAUCA